GAGGACUUUGGUGUCGGGCACCCCGACCCCAACCUGACCUACGUGCAUGACCUGGUGGAGGCAAUGGGGCUAGGCAAGCACAUACCCCACAUCCCCCUCCUAUUCCUCUGUUUUCAUCUCUGCUUCCGUGUCUUCAGGAGGACUUUGGUGGCGGAGGACUUCGGUGGCGGGCACCCCGACCCCAACCUGACCUACGCGCAUGACCUGGUGGAGGCCAUGGGGCUGGGCAAGCACCAGCCUGCCCAGGAGCCGCCUGAGUUCGGUGCUGCCUGUGACGGCGACGCUGAUCGCAACAUGGUUCUAGGCAAGAGGUUCUUUGUGACGCCGUCUGACUCAGUGGCUAUCAUAGCAGCCAACGCGGAGGCCAGCAUCCCCUACUUUAAGGGCGGGCUCAAGGGCGUGGCCAGGAGCAUGCCCACGUCCGCUGCGCUUGAUGUCGUCGCCAAGGAACUCGGUCUCAAGUUCUUUGAGGUGCCGACGGGGUGGAAGUUCUUCGGCAACCUCAUGGAUGCGGGCAUGUGCUCUGUCUGUGGUGAAGAGAGCUUCGGCACAGGGUCGGACCACAUCAGGGAGAAGGACGGCAUGUGGGCUAUUCUCGCAUGGCUCUCCAUCCUGGCCCACCGGAACAGCAGCAGCAGUGAGGGGCAGCUGGUGACAGUGGAGGAGAUAGUGCGGCAGCACUGGGCCAAAUACGGCCGGCACUUCUACACCCGAUACGACUACGAGGGAGUGGAUGCAGAGGGUGCAAAGAAGCUCAUGGCUAAUCUUGUCGCCAGCCAAGCAGACAUCGCUGCACUCAACACGGCUGUGAAGGCAGCCAACAGCACAGCAGCGGACGUGGUGAGGGGGGACGAGUUUGAGUACAAGGACCCUGUGGAUGGUUCCGUGUCAAGCCACCAGGGGAUCCGGUUCUUCUUCGCUGAUGGCUCCAGACUGAUCUUCCGCCUGUCGGGCACGGGGUCAGUGGGGGCGACCAUCCGUGUGUACAUUGAGCAAUACGUGGCAGAUAGCUCCAAGAUUGAUGGCAACCCGGCUGAUGUGCUUGCUCCCCUGGUUGAUGUGGCUAUCAAGGAGCGGCAUGUUCUCUUCGGCCUUCUCCUCAGCGCGUCGUACAAGUUAUGGCGAGCCAACACAGCUGAGGCAGCAUUUUCAUCCAUCAUGUUCAACACCAAGAUGAUUCUCGUCGCUCUCCUGUGGGCUGUGGAUCCCCGCAUAUGUGCCUGGUACCUCCUUGCGUUCAUGCUGAUUUUUCUUCUUUGCCCCCAACGCUCACCAGCAACCCCAUCAGCAUCCGACGCCUUUCUUGAGAUGAUCCCUCGCCAGCUGGAGCUGGUAGCGCCAGUGGAAACUGCCACGUCAGCAUCCAACGUGCCAUGCCUAGUCAUGUUCUAUGCCAGCUGGUCACCCCCGUGCCAUCAGCACAUGUCUCUUUUCAUUGACAUUGCCAACCAUGUUCUCCUCUCAGCUCCCCACCCUCAUACUAUUCCACAACGGCACCGAAGUCAACCGCCUUCCACCGCUCACCACCGCCUCCAGUACCAGCAGCAACAGGUUCAUCCCCCGAGCGACGCCUUUCUUUUCCCCGUCUUCCCUGGCGCCUGGGCUCUACACACCGCCGCGGCUCACGAGAAGCAUGAUCGUGGGUGCCUUUCAGCUGGACCUCUGGAGAAUGAAGGAAGCAUGAUAGUGGGUGCCUUUCAGCUGGACCUUUGGAGAAUGAAGGGUGCUUUAGCGACGUGCAAGGCAGAGAAGCAGCAGAAGGGGAGGAAGGAGGGCCAGGCACAGGGUCAGCAGCAGGGGGAGAAGGAGCAGGAGCAGGAGGAGAAGCAAGAGAGGUAG